GGCAGUACCAUAUAUCUUUGUGUAGGUUUUGGAACCAACCCAACGAGGUCUCCAAUCUACGCUCGCCUCUUCCUUCUUUCCAUCCGGUUUAUCUGCUCGUCUUUUUAGCUUCUUGUGGGCAUUUGAUCAUGGCAGCGGCCUGAUACUCUCGUUCCUAGGGAUGUAUCACACUUCUAUUUGAAACCGCACUCCCUUUUUCACCUUCAUUUUUGGUUCUCAUUCUUCUGUUCAAGAAUCAAUCUUUGUUGGCUAUCAAAUCUUCGACUUUGUGCAGGCAGGAGCCUAAAAAUCCGAUCUUUUGAUGCCCUCUUCCACCUUUUCUUAUUUCAUCGUCGGAAAUGGGUGCGAGAUUGUAGUGGCGGAGACCUGAUGCUCGUAUAAGAAAAUCAUAAUCCAAGUGUUACUGGUUUAGGGUUGAUGGGUAGAGGUAGGGGAAAGGGUAAGAAAUUGACUCUGUCCGCUUAUAAUGAGGAACCAAAAAGUGGUGGCGAAGAGGUUCUCCCUGCGUAUAAGAGGAAAGGAAGGCCUCAAAAGCCUUUGAAGGAUGACAUGGAUGAAGACGAUCUCGAACAAAAUGAAGAAGUAGAAGAUGAUUCAAAGCUUAGCGCGCUAAAUAAAGAGGUUAAGAUCCUAACAGUGGUGAAUGGGAAGAAGAGGAAGAGGCUUUCAAAAGCAAAGGAGAACUCUGAGUUGCUGAAAACAGAAAAUGGUACUGGAUCCGAAUCUAAGGAACACUCACCUAGUUCUAAUGGAUUUCGACGUGUUGGGAGCCGGCGGAAAAGUAAGCCUCAUAGGGCUGCUGAAGCUGGAGUUGAGUGCAAGUGAGAAUUUCUACUGAGACCUUGUAUCAUUCCAGGUUCAAAUGUGGCUGAGAGUUGUGAUCCAUGGUGGUUCACUUUUUUUUUUCCACAUUUUAAGUUUUAUGCUGUUAAUGAUAACUUGAUUUUAAAUACUAGCUAUACUUUGUAAUUUUCCAUGCUAAUAGAGCUGGAUGCAAGCUUUACUUGA